UAACCUCGCCCUCGUCCCCUUUGUCACCCUCACCCUUAACCUCGCCCUCGUCCCAUUCCUCAUCCCUGCUUGGCACCCGGCAGCCCCUCCGCAAGGGGGCUUCUUGCACUUCCUGCUGCUGGUAGCUCCAAGCAGGGCCAUGCCGUGGCUUCUCAGCAAGAAGCGACGGCAGUCACCAUCCAGCACCACCAGUGGGCAGCCCUGGGCUGCCACCAGCUCCACCAGCGCCUCCGAGCUCAGGGAGGAGGGGCUGGGCAGGCUGCACCGCGCGGCCGCCCGCGGCGACCUGGCCUGGCUGAGGCGCUGGCGCUGGUAUGUGAAGGUAGUCGGCAUCGACAGGCGAGACCAGGAGAUGCGGACACCUCUGCAUCUCGCUUCGGCAAAUGGCCAUGCAGAUGUCCUUAGAUAUCUGCUAAGAAAGAACAGCCAGCCGAAUCUCGCUGACAACUUGAAGAGAACGGCACUGAUGAAGGCAGUACAGCAGGAGCAGGAAGAAUGUGUUGCUAUUCUGCUGGAACACGGUGCCGACCCGAAUCUGGCAGACGCUGGCGGCAACACUGCCCUUCACCUGGCUGUCCUAUCUAAAAAUACAGCUGUAGCAGGGCUGUUACUCGAGCAUAAUGCCAAUAGUGAUGCUCAGAACCAGAUGGGAUUUACUCCCUUAAAACUUGCAGCCCUCCUACAGCAUGAGGAGAUUCUGGAGUGCCUUCUGAAAAAAGCAGCUGACAGGCAUGCUCAAGCCCAGUGUGAAAGGUAAGGGGUUUGUCAAAACAGCACAGGGGUCUUCUCGGUAGCCUGCAAGCAAGACCGAGACGAGGGGCGUGGCAAUGAGCUUGGAAAAAGAAGGAGGAGCCACGUGGAAGCAGUUCCCUGUGUGACUGGUAAAUGCAGGUCUGCACUUGGCUGCUCUCGUACCUUAGGGGCUCUCGUACUUUGCCCGCUGAGGUCUGCAAGAAAGCGUUGUCUGUGGUGCCCUCUC